UUAAGCAGAAAUGCACCGAGUCCAGUGACGAAGAAAAAAGAAACGCUGACGUACGAUGGUCGGCGGAAAAAACGAGCCGAUCGAAUAACUCGAAUCGAGGACACCGAGGACACCGGAUGUUCGAGCAGACCCGGAACCGCGACGUCGUUCGCUUGGAAAUGGAACAUGGCUGUGAUCGGCGUCGUCCGUGGUCGUAAACAGUGAUUUAUUUACCAUCGAACGCGAUUGAUGGAUGAAACGAAUUGAUCGAAAAGAAAAAAAAAAGGAAAAAAAAAUAGAAAUACGCAGGGAUACUGACUGAUCGCACGGUCGUCGGUUACGCCUGCGGGGGAGGAGGGAUGACCCGUCACGCGGUGGUGCGCAAAAAAUAUUGCUGAUCCUCGGUGCGCUCGGAGGGGAUCCUGCGCCGUGCAUGACCGGCGGACGAAAGAAAUUUGUCGGUAAGUGUUGCGGUUACUAUUGAUUAUGCUCGUCGAUGAUGCCGCUCGUUCUGUACGCGCUCGUCACGCGUGAACGAUGAUAACCGAAUGCGCGUCGUUUCCAUGCUCAUGGGAGGCACCUCUGCCGAAAGGGCCCGGUUGCUAGACACUAAGGGAGAAACAGUUACGAGAUUCGCGCACGGGAAUCCUUCGAGAAAUGAGGUCCUACGACGGCGAGAGUAGCUCGACGGAAGACGACGACAGAAGAGAGGGACUCCCCGAGGCGCAUCUGCAGCAAGGAUCCUGGCAGCGCUCUGCUUCGCAUCCCACAUGGGCCUGGGAGCACCGUACCACCCAUCCACUACCGCCGCAAUCCACAGCGUCACUGGAAUCCAUGUACUCGGUGCCCGGAGCGUCUCACCCUAGCGUUUCCGCUCCUCCAGCUGGCUACUCGUCGGAGCACCCUCAGAGCGCGCCCGGAAGAAGGACUCCCCUGGGUACCGUUGGUCUCGGUGGAUUCUAUUUUCAGCAGCAACCGCAACCGCACGCCUCUUCGAACGCAUUGUCCGACGAGAACAGACCGGGCCACGAAAGACCCGGGGCAUCGAGAUUGAACUGCCCGCCAAAAUCGAAGAGCACGCGCCAGGGUAAGAGCAUGCGGCUGAACAUCAACGCGAGGGAACGUAGAAGGAUGCACGAUUUGAACGACGCUCUCGACGAGCUUCGAUCUGUUAUCCCUUAUGCCCACAGUCCGUCCGUGAGAAAGUUGUCCAAGAUCGCCACGCUACUGCUGGCGAAGAACUACAUUCUCAUGCAAGGAAACGCUUUGGAGGAACUGAGAAGAGUGAUAGCGGUUCUCCAGUCACCACACGCUCACACCACCGCUUUGCCGCCUACACCUGUUUCCUACGAUCUCCUGCACGGAUUCCCAGGCAAACUGUUCCAAGGCGUCCAGGAUCCGCAGGGUGUCACCGCCGGCGGACCCCCGACUGACGGCGCUGUAACCAGUGGGGAGUCGAAUUAAAGACUCGAUCGAGGCGUAAGAUCGAACGGAGAAUCAAAGUUUCCCGUUCAAGGCCACUUCCUAUAAUUUUCAUAUUACGUCGUAUAUGAUUUCUACUUUUAUGCCGCGUCAGCCUUUUUCUCUGUUCGGGACGUAGAGGCAACAGACGAAAAGAAAUGGAACGAGG